AUGUUGGCGAAGGGGAGAGGAGGCAAGAUUAGAGCACCACGAAGAGGAUUGACCGCAGAUGAUGUCGACUUUGAUUCAAUAUGGGCCUCCCUCUCCACCGCAUUUCAAGAAAUUCACAUGAAGAAUGCCUCUAAAUUAUCCUUCGAAGAACUAUUUCGCGGCGCCUACAAGUUAGUCUUGAAGAAAAAGCAGGACAUGCUCUACGAUCAGGUGGUAGCAUUGGAAAAGACAUGGUUGAGCAACACCGUCCGAGCCAGGAUAACAGCCCUGAUCACCCCAGCAAUGUCCUAUGAUGUAUCAGAACAAGGCGUUGCUGCACAAUCGAACGAGCGAAGAAUCGCAGGCGAGCGCUUCAUAAGAUCUCUCAAAGACGCAUUUGCAGAUCAUCAACUCUGCAUGAGCAUGAUCACGGAUGUGUUAAUGUAUAUGGUCAAGGAUCGUGUUUUCAGUCAAGACCAGCGGCGGCCUUCCAUUUACGCAAGUGCGAUGGCAUUAUUCCGGACGCAGUUGCUGAGGGUGCCUCUUGGAGAUGGCAGAGAUGUCCUUUCGCUUUUAGAGACUGUGAUCCUCGACAUGAUUGAAAUGGAACGGAAGGGCGAAGUGAUUGAUCGAUCUCUGGUUCGUGCUUGCUGCUACAUGCUAGAAGGCUUGUAUGAAAGUUUCGCAGAAGAAGAGACAUCCAAGCUCUAUCUCACGUCCUUUGAACCCAAAUUCCUCGAAGCCAGUGUUCUGUUCUAUCGAUCGGAAGGACAGACACUUUUGGCCGAAGCUGACGCUAGUACGUUUUGCGCUCAUGCGCGCAGAAGACUGAGAGAAGAGGAGGAAAGAUGUCGUCAAACUAUUUCGCCAUUCACAGAACCCAAGCUAAAAAAUGUGGUUGACAAGGAGUUUAUUUCAGCUCACAUUCGCGAAGUCAUCAACCUGGAAGGUACAGGGGUCAAGAACAUGCUUGACAAUGACAAGAUAUCGGAUCUUCGCAACGUGUUUGAUCUGAUCUCCCGGGUAGACCCUCGUAGAAUGGCACUUAAGGAGGCCGUCCAAAAGAGAGUUUUUGAACUGGGAACCGAAAUCAACACCACGGCCAAUGUCACCAAAGUUGCCCCAGCGCCAGUAAAAUCCGCAACCAAAUCAACCUCAGAUGGCAAAGCAACAUCCGAGAAAACACUGAAUCAACAGACCCAAGCCGCUAUCACUUGGGUUGAACAAAUCUUGCAGCUAAAGAGAAAAUACGACAAACUAUGGGCAGAGGCGUUUGCCAGAGAUCCUGUGAUGGAAAAAGCGCUAGAAGUGUCUUUUCAAGAUUUCAUCAACGGGAAUGAACAAAGUUCAGAACAUCUCUCCUUAUUUUUGGAUGAAUACCUCAAACGUGGGGGGAAAGACAGGAACGAGAGCGAGGUCGACAUGCUUCUUGACAGCGGCAUACUGUUACUUCAGUACCUGGCGAAUAAGGACAAAUUCGAGACAUAUUACAAGAAACACAUGGCAAAACGACUGCUUAUGAAGAAAUCAGUGAGCCGUGAUAUGGAACGACAAGUCUUGUCGAAGAUGAAAAUGAAGAUUGGAAAUCAGUUUACCCAAAAAUUGGAAGGUCUGAUCAAGGAUACGGAACUUUCAGAUAACCUCAAUGCUCAAUACAAGGAACAGGUUAAUCGCCUGGGUGAUCCGGAUCCCAAACGUAUUGACCUAGACUGCCGGGUCCUCACAACAACUGUCUGGCCCUUCGAAACACUGUUCAAGAAAGAUUCUGGUGAAACUGUCAAUCAAGAGUACAAGUAUCCAGCCGCGGUGGAGAAGGCUCGUCAAAGAUUCCAGCAAUUUUAUCUUGGAAAACAUACUGGUCGAAAGUUGACAUGGAUGCCCUCGAUGGGUGAUGCCGAUCUUAGAGCCACAUUCACAACUGGUGGGAAAACUCGUCGAUAUGAGCUCAACGUGUCAACUUACGGGAUGAUAAUCUUGAUGUUAUUCAAUGACGUCUCUGCCGGAAACAGCUUGUCCUUCGAACAAAUUCAAGCCGAAACCAACAUCGAAACACCAGAACUCAUUCGCAACCUCCAGUCAUUAUCCCUCGUUGCGAAGUGGAGAGUGCUGAAGAAGGAGCCAAUGAGUAAAGACAUCAAACCUACAGACAAGUUCUUUUUCAACGAGGAUUUCUCAAGCCAGUUCCUCAAGAUCAAAGUCAGUGUGGUUGCUGGAGGAUCCAGUCGUGUCGAAAACAAUGAAGAGCGCAAGGCAACGCAAGAACGAAUUGACAAUGGCAGAGCUCUUGUCAUCGAAGCAGCCAUUGUUCGGGUCAUGAAAUCGCGCAAGGCACUGUCACAUCAUCAGCUUAUGACCGAGACUAUUCAGCAAGUUGUAUCUCGCUUUGCACCAGAUGUCAACAUGAUCAAGAAGAGACUUGAGUCGCUUAUCGAUAGAGACUAUCUGGAGCGAGGACCGGACCCAACCAAGCCUUCAUACAUAUAUGUGGCCUGA